GGGGGUUUCACAGGCCAAGCGACGAGAGAAAGUUUAACGGGCAGCAGUUUAGGUCGCAGUGAAGCCCCGCCCCCCGCAGGGGCUGACCCUGCGCCUGGGUCCCCGCGCCUGGGUCCCCGCGCGUCCCCCGAGUUCCGCGUGGGCGAAGCCGUCCCCGCGGUGCCCCGGGCUCUCGGGCGGCGCCUGGGGGAGCGGCAGGUGGAGGCGGCGGGCCCCGGCCGGCCCGUGUUUACCUGGCUGGCAGGAAGCCCGGGGGCGGGGCGGGGCCGCGGGGUGCGCGCCCGUCCCUGGAGCCGCCGCCGUCAGUCACCGCCGCCGCGCGCCAGCAAGGACGAGGACGAGCCGCCGGCCCCGGCGGCCCCAGUCUCCAGCCCCGGAAGGCGGCGCCGGCGGCCCAGGACCCCACGCUGCCUGCGCUCGGCGCCGGGACCAGCCCCCGGGCCCGGGCUGGCGGAGCACGGCCGGGAGCCGCGGGCGUAGCGCCGCUUCUGAAGAGCUUAUCAGUUCAGGAUGGGAAACCACGCAGGAAAGAGAGAGCUAAGCACCGAGAAGGCCAGUAAGGAUGUUGAAACUCACAGAGGAGAACCCGAAAAAAAGAGAAACCUGGGCGAGAUUUCACAGGCGAAUUCGGAAGACAAUGAUGUGUUUGGAGAGGCAGAUGCGAACCAGAACAAUGGGACCUCCUCUAAGGACACGGCGGUGACAGACUCCAAGCGCACAGCAGACCCGAAGAAUGCCUGGCAGGACGCCCACCCAGCUGACCCCGGGAGCCGCCCCCACUUGGUCCGCCUCUUUUCCCGAGAUGCGCCGGGGAGGGAGGACAACACCUUCAAAGACAGGCCCUCCGAGUCGGAUGAGCUCCAGACCAUCCAAGAAGACAGCACAGCCACUUCCGAGGGCCUGGAUGUGAUGGCGUCACAGAAGAGACCCUCCCAGAGGCACGGAUCCAAGUACCUGGCCUCCGCCAGUACCGUGGACCAUGCCAGGCUCGGCUUCCUCCCAAGGCACAGAGACACGGGCAUCCUCGACUCUCUGGGGCGCUUCUUUGGUGGUGACAGGGGGGUGCCCAAGCGGGGCUCCGGCAAGGUACCCUGGCUAAAGCAGAGCAGGAGCCCUCUGCCCUCUUAUGUGCGCAGCCAGCCUGGGCUCUGCAACAUGUACAAGGACUCACACCACGCAGCAAGAACUACCCACUAUGGCUCCCUGCCCCAGAAGCAGCAUGGCCGGCCCCAAGACGAAAACCCUGUAGUCCACUUCUUCAAGAACAUUGUGACGCCUCGCACACCACCUCCAUCGCAAGGAAAGGGGAGAGGACUGAGCAGAUUUAGCUGGGGGGCUGAAGGGCAGAAGCCAGGAUUUGGCUAUGGAGCCAGAGCUUCCGACUAUAAAUCGUCUCACAAGGGACUGAAGGGGAUCGAUGCCCAGGGCACACUUUCCAAAAUCUUUAAACUGGGAGGAAGAGACAGCCGCUCUGGAUCACCCAUGGCUAGACGCUGAAGCCCACCCUGUCCCUGCAGAACCCUGUCCUCAGCUUCUUAAUUUAACUGCCUUAAACUUUAAUACCAUUUGCAUCUCAAUUAUCUAGUUAGAGCAAAUGACCCCACAGCUAACGCCCGUGGAGUGCACGCAGUAGGUCAAGCACACAGCAUCCUCCUGGCAGCUGUGGCCAACAGUGAAAUGGAAAACAAAAACGGAAAAUGGUUAAGACUGUCACUUGACAUCUUCCCCUGAGUAUCCACCCCACUGCUAUCAUGUCCCCAGAUGCACAUCGGUCUCCGUAGGUCCAAGUGCAUGGAUGUCCUCUACCCCUGGACUUCUCUUAGCUGUGACUGUUCACCCUCGAGCUUCCAGUGGGCACUGCCGCUAGGCACAGCGCUGCAGAGACAGAGACAUGUGGGCGGGAAGGACUGUUGUGAUCCAAGCUUCAUUUGGUUUUCUUUUCCUGCCCCUUCUCUCAUCUCCUCAAGUAUACUUUAUUUUUCCUAACAGGAUUAGACAGUCAAGGAGUGGCUACUACGCAUGGGAGCUUUUGGCAUGUGAAUGUGGGCCCGGGCAGCUGUGAGUCCAAUGCGGGGCAGCACAGAGAGUGGGGUGCGCCCCCAGGCCGGGCUGCCCCGCACCCCCUUAGCUGAAUUCGAGUGUGGCAGAGAGAGGAGAAGGCGGCGGGCGUGGGGUGAGUGGUGGCCUCACCCAGGACACGAACGGCCUUGGAAGCAGGUGCUGGAGACACUAUGCAUGUGGCCACUGGGUGUCCCUGUGGCUCCGCACAGGGACAGCCAGAGCCACCUCUGUGAACAACCUGUUUCCUAACCAAAGCCCACGCCAGCGGAGAGUCCAGGGAGACGGGCACAUCUCAGAGCAGAGCAGCAGUUCUCUGUGGCCUCAUGGUGUCACACUGGUCACUCCUCAAUGCCAGCAUGACCAGUGGCAUGCUCGCACGGCAGCGCACAUUGGCCAACACUAACCCUCGGAGAGAAGAUAACUGUCUCAUCUGCUUGCCUCCUACAAAUGACCAUCCCUAGAGAAUAGAUUAGGUGUGCACCCAUUCCUGACCCACUGACCCACUGGACAUGGGCGGCCGUGUGAAGAGUCAGAAGGAGCUCUUUGAACCACACUGUCUUCUAACCCCGCUGACACCUCCUUGAGCUCUUCCCUCCCUAACGUACUGAUGCCCACCUUUUGAUUUUGGCAUAUAUUUUACAGGCCUUCCAAAGAGCCCCCACACUGGCAUUGCUCCCCCUAGAAUGAAGAGCAUAGUGCCAAAAUGUGUUUAAUCCCAUUCUAAUUCUGAAUGUUUAUUGUGGGUUUAAUACAAUGUCUAUUAAUACAUAGCCUCGAUGAUGAGAGGGUAAGAAUAAAAAUAAAAAGGAAAAAAAUUCUGGAAACAAAUCUCCACAUUGUUCAACAGGAGCACUCUGCAUCUUUGCAGUGAUUGCUGGCUGUGUGAUCUCUAUCCAUGGCUGGCCCCAAACAGCACGUGCUGCAGGGGGAUCCACGAGAA